UGUGUGUGUGUGGAUGCGUGUGUGUGCGUGUGUGUGUGUGUGUGUGUGUGUUAAACAAAUAAAGGAACAUAGCAGCAACAGCAGCAGCACAUGCAGGCAGACAUCGUUAGUUCCACCAUGCUCAUUUUCUGUGUGUGUGCAUUGUUGGUGAGUGUGUGUCAGUCUCUCCCUAUCGUCGGGUGGAUUCAGUCUCCUGGUUAUCCACAUGGAUAUGGUUCAGACAUAUCAGAAACGUGGAAACGCUGUGCACCACCGGGUCACGUCCUCUCACUCAGACUGCUGCACCUGGACCUGGAGGAAAGCUACGAGUGUGAGAACGAUGUCCUGAAGAUUUCUGAGGAUCACAAUCUCCUUGCUAACUUGUGCGGCAGAAUGACCCUGGAGGAGCUGCAGUCGUCUGUUAAUCCCUCGCUCCGGUCAUCCUCCGGAGGCUGUCUCUCUCUCACCUUCCAGUCUGAUUACUCCAACACGGAGAGACAUGCAGGAUUCAAGGCUUUUUACACGACACAAGAUGUUGAUGAGUGCUGGGAGAAUGAUGUGGUGUGUUCUCAUUUCUGCCAUAAUUACAUCGGAGGAUAUAGCUGCAGCUGUAAACCGGGUUACUACCUUGAUGAAGAUCAACAUGAAUGCCGUGCCAACUGCACAGAGGAGCGUUAUGGAGCAGGAGUGUUAAAGCCUCCUGGAAGUCCCGGGCCGUACUUUGAGAAUGCUGACUGUUUAUUCAGUCUCUCUGUGGAUGAAGGGAACCAACUUGAAUUAAAAUUCACUGGAGUGUUUGAUGUGGAAAGCAGAGACGGACGAUGCGUUGACUUCUUAAAAAUUAAGACAGACACUGAGACCUUUGGGCCAUUUUGUGGGAAAAACAGACCUGCUGACAUCCUCACCGCAGCCCAACACGUUAAAGUCAUCUUCCACUCGGACCUGGAGGGAACAAAUCAAGGCUUCUCUCUCGAGUACAAACCUAAAGGAAUGGAAUGUUCUGGAAAAGUGACGCCCGACUCCACUGUGUCUCCUGUGAGAGAUCGGUAUCAAGUGGGCGAGACGGUCACUGUGCGCUGUGUGACUGGAUACGUUUUAAUUGAUUCCACUGAAACUUUUACAUCCACAUGUCAGUUAAAUGGGAGGUGGAGUCCCAUAUACAGCUGUGAAUCGGUGAAUUGUGGGCAUCCUGAGCUUCCAGAUUUGAUGGACCUGACAGAGGACAACCCACAAACCUUAUAUGAGCACACCAUCAGUGUUAAGUGCUCUUCAGAGUACUACAAACUGGAUGGAAAUGCUAACUUCACCUGUGAUGCUACAGGAGAAUGGGUGGCUGAAAACAGACAGACAUUUUCACAACACACACCGCAGUGUGUCCCAGUAUGUGGCAUAACUACAGAAUCUGCUAGAAAAAGGAUUUUUGGGGGAGAAAACGCCACCCUGGGGCAAAUUCCCUGGCAGCUCCUGGUUAAAGAACCUCAUCGAGGAGGUGCGUCUCUAAUUAAUGACCGUUGGGCCAUUACAGCUGCUCACGUGGUAGAAAACCAGAGAUCACUGAUUUUUGCUGGAGGGAUGGUCAACGCUAGGGCCAAGGAGAAGGUUGAAAUGCAAACAGAGAAGAUCAUAAUUCACCCCGGCUAUAAAAAACCAAACUUCGAUAACGACAUCGCCUUGGUGAAAAUGUCUUCUCGGGUCCCUCUCAGUGAAAAUCUCAUACCGGUUUGUCUUCCGGAGAAAAAAACUAAUGGACCAACGAUGGAGGGAAAGAUGGGGACAGUCUCAGGGUUUGGAGCGACAGAUAAGAGGAUAAAAAGUCCAUUUCUGCAAUAUGGUCACGUGAAAGAAUACCCAGGUUUUUGUUUUCAAAGUAAUCUGAAGGUCACUGAUAACAUGUUUUGUGCUGGAGACGCUGAUGGAGGUGUGGACAGCUGUAAAGGAGACAGUGGGGGUCCACUCGUCAUUCCCUUGUUGGGGUUUGGAUCUCUCAACACACCUUACCGCCUCAAGGGGAUUGUGUCAUGGGGUCCUCCUGUGUGUGGAAAUAGAGAUUAUAAAGGUUAUUAUACCAAAGUGGAGAAUUACCUGGACUGGAUUAGAGAAAUGAUGGAGAAAAAUUAGCAUGCGACUAAAACGGCUCGAACCGUCCAUCAGCCUUCAUCCAAUAAAUACGUCAGGAUGUGAUCUGUGGUUGAUUUUUCAAAUUCAUGCUAAGGUGAUUUUACGUUAUCUACACACAAAUGUGCAGGUUUAAGAGUGAGUUUGUAGCCUUCAUUUCAAAUCAAAUACCUGUUGCUUGUAAAUCUGAUGAGUUCAGGAUUAUUAAAAUCAUUUUAAACAAUA